AUGCGCAAGGGAGAGACACUAAAGGCGUAUUCGGAUAGGUAUUGGGAAAUGUAUAACAAGUUGGAUGAGAACCACGAUGAUGUCACUAUCAGCACAUUCAAAAGUGGUCUCUCCACCGAGCAUGGCUUAAGGAAAUCUCUCAUUGGUAAACCUGUUGCCAACGUUCAUCAAUUGAUGGAUAGGAUUGACAAGUCGAAACGAUAUAACUAUAACCAGGCGAGGAGAGAUUUUUCGAGGCUGGCUGGACAAAGCAACAUGCAAACAGUUAAUGACGUGUUCAGAGAACCAGUACAACAAGUUCUGGAGAAAGUAAAGAAUGAACCCUUCUUUAGAUGGCCAGGAAAAAUGGCUGGAGACCCUGUGAAACGCAACCAGAACCUGUAUUAUCAUUAUCAUCAGGACCAUGGGCAUACCACUGAGGAUUGUAGGAAUUUAUGGAAUCACCUUGAUCAGCUGGUCCGAGAGGGAAAGCUGUGUCACCUUUUACAUUCUUCGAGCGACCAUCCAGGCCAGGCAACACAAGAACCUCAAAAGGAUGUAUCAUUAAGACCUCCUACGGGGACAAUACACGUCAUCCUCGUCGCUCCAGGAAGAACCGGGUCAUUUCCUUGCAGGGUGCUGUCUGUGGCUCGGCUCUCCGCCGAGGACAGGGAAAGAGAAUCUAAAAGGUCUAAAAAGGGAAGCCUUUUAAUAUUGGAAUUCUCGGAUGAGGAUAAAAAGGGAACUAUCCAACCUCACGACAAUGCCUUAGUAGUUACACUGAGAAUCAAAGGUUUCGAUGUGAAGAGGGUACUGGUAGACCCAGGCAGCGCAAUAGAGGUAACGUACCCCGAUUUGUACAAGGGGCUGAACUUAAGACCGGAGGAUUUAACGGCUUAUGACUCUCCCCUUGUCAGCUUCGAGGGGAAGACUAUUGUACCAAAGGGGCAGAUCAGAUUACCCAUACAAACCGGGUCAGAGGUGAUAGAGGUGGACUUUAUCAUGGUCCAUGCUUACUCGCCCUACACAGCGAUAGUAGACAGGCCAUGGAUCCAUGCCCUGGAGGCCGUAUGUUCUACACUUCAUCAAAAGGUGAAAUACCCCUUCAGAGGCCGAGUGGAAGAGAUUCAUGGAGAUCAAGCCAUGGCUAGGCAAAGUAUGGUGGCUGCCAUCUCACACCAAUCCAAUGCUGAGUCCUCGGCUUCCGAGAACUUAUAG